CUGUAUAAGGAGGCGUAUCAAGAGGAUCUUUACCAUGAUUUUGAAUAACUGAGAUGAUCAACUCUUGAAACACACCAGAUAACAGCACAUCAAGGUUUUGCAAUGCUGUCUUUGCGUGGCUAGUGCCUGACAACCAGUCAUCAUUUCAUUUUGGAUACUUUGGAUACAUUCUUCCCUGUCUCAUUGAGCUCUUCUGAUUUUAAAUCAGAAUCCAAGCAAUUUCGGUGAUGGCAUUUGCGAUGCUGCGUCCCCUUGCGACCCAUCUAGUGUAUCCGGAUCUUGCCAUGAUGUCCGAGGAUGAGGACAACCGCAGCGAGAGCGACGGCAGUUCGGAGCAAAGCUACGGCUGCUGCCCCAGUUCGGAGAAGCGGCGGAGGAUGUCCCGCAAGUCCACGGUUAGCGGUGUGGUUAUUGUAAAGCAACGGAACGCAGCAAACGCGCGGGAACGCGAUAGGACGCAGAGCGUCAACACGGCUUUCACAGCGUUACGGACUCUUAUUCCUACCGAGCCGGUGGACAGAAAGCUGUCAAAAAUUGAGACUCUGCGCUUAGCGUCCAGUUACAUCUCACAUCUGGCCAAUGUGCUCCUGAUAGGGGACGGAGGAGAGGACGCACAGCCGUGUGUGAGCGCGGUGUACAGUGCGCCGGGGGAGAGCGGAGGAAAGCAGCCGCGCACUAUCUGUACUUUCUGCCUCAGCAGCCAGAGGAAAGGGAUUAAGGACGGGAAGGACUGUCUCCGCAUGCGGGGAAUCACUUCACUGCGCGUGACACGCCGGUAGCCAGCAGCAACGCGUGAUAAAACCGCAACUCAGGGAGCGCGAGAGGUGUGCGAGCCGCGCGAAGCUCCGGAGACUCCUCGCGAAACACGCGCGGGACGGAGAUUUUCGGAAGCCUCGCCACUGAAACAGCUGUUGAUUUUGACAUGUUUCUUUCCCUAUGUCUAAUUUGUAUAUAGCUACGAACAUUUAAAAUGCUGUGCAUACAAUUUUCUUUUCUUCAUUUUUUUUUAUUUUUUUUUAUAAUAAUAGAAUUUAUCGUUUUUUUUAAUUUUUUUUUAUUUUUACACAAAUUGUGAGAAC